GAAACUGGACUGUAGUGAGAACGGGGAAGGGGGGUGGCGCGUGAGAUCCUACUUUCUCGGUCUCUCUCUACUCCAUUCUUCUUGAUUGUUGAUUAGCGCGAGGGGGGUAAGAGCUGCAAGAGCGAGCUCGUGAGCGCGCGUGUCUGGCAAUUGGGGAGGGGGGCAAGAAAGGAUGCUGCCUUGCCCGUUGUUGUGGUGGUGGCCCCUCCUCCUCCCCUUUGCCGGCGCCCGUGCUCUUGUCCGUUACUUGAUGUCGGUUCGCCUUGGCGACUGGCUGGCUGCGUGCCGCUCCCCGUCUUCUUGGCCACCAGCUGUCGCCCUUUUGGACUUUGCAUACGCCUCGCCGACGUGUGAGCCUGAUCUCGAUGCGGGAUCUGGUCCCCGAGUUGAGCAGUGGGAGCAGUGAGGACGAGGCCAGCAUGAUGAAGCACCUGGAAGGCAGCCAGCAGCCGCAGCCCUGCGAGAACUACAUGACCCAUAACUGCGUCACCAUCAUCCCGGUCGAAUACCCUCGCUCUGACAGCUCCUCGCUCUCCGCCACGCCCCUGCGAGGUCUGGCGGACAAGCGGGACUACGCAGCCCUCGAGCGCCAUUCGCCCUACGUGUUGGCGAUGGCACCGCGGGGCCGGCAGCUGCCGACGCCGACGCACCACCCACACCACUGCUACCUGUCGCCGAGCGUGGUGCAGCACCACCAGCCGCCGCCGCCGCAGCAGCACUGUCAGGACGACGGGUGGCGCAUCCCCAGGGAGAGGAUCCCGGCGCCGCAGCACCCGCUGCCCACGCCACCUCCGGCCACAAAGCAGGAGAUCUGCGUGUACCUGCUCACCAAGGUGUGCCUCUGCGUGGAGGUGAACAGCCUCCCCAUGGCCACUUCGGACGAGAUCGUCGAGAUCAUCGCGCAGGACGACGCGGAGAUGAACCUGCCCUCGCAGGCCACCGAGUUCUUCGCCCUCUGGAUGACAUCUCCUCUGCUCGAGCUGCAGCUGAAGCCUGACCAUCGCCCCUACCUGAUCCGGGAGCGGUGGUCGGAAUACCUCAAGAAGUACACCUUCGCUUCAAAACGACAGCUCGAAACUGAUGAGCCAGUGCUGACUUUCCAAAGAAACGUUUUCCUCGACAAGGAGAAAGAAAAAGAGAUGCAGGAGAUGAAGGUGGUACGCAUGCUGUAUGCCGAGGCCCGGGGCAACGUGCUGGACGGGCGGUACCCCUGCGAGACGGAGGACUGCAUUGUGCUCGGGGCCAUCCAGGCGAGGCUGGAGCUGGGUCCCUACGACCCGGCCAAGCACACCCUCGAAUUCUUCAGGACAAGGAUCCGUGAUUUCCUGCCAGAGCACGCCUGCCGGUCCCACUGGUUCCUGCUGGGGCUGGGCGCCAAGAACGGACCGGAGCGCCGACUGGCCGAGCAUUACCGGGCCACCCCCAGCAGCAUCAAAGACUUGAAGCUCAUGCGCAAGUACCUCGAGUUCUGCUGGGCCUUUCCCUACUACGGGAGCGCCUUCUUCCAGGGGCAAGUGGAGCGUCCGGUUACGGGGAUUGCGGCCCUCAUGAACCACUACGACCUGCCGGUCCUCGUGGCCAUCAACCGGGAAGGGGUGCACGUCAUCGAUCCCAGCCAGCCCGUGGUGCUGAUGAGCCUGCAGUACCGGCAGAUGUCGUGGGACUACGCCUGCCCAGCCCAGCCCCAGAACCCGGACUGCCUGCCCUGCCUCUUCCUCCAGUUCCAGCAGCCGGGACAGGCCGACACCAGCGUGGUGCAGAUCUUCUCCAAGCAGGCAGUGCUGAUGGAUGCCCUCAUCUCCACGAUUGUGGACGAACUCAAGCGGCGGCCAUCGUGGAACAAGCCAGACGUGGACCCAACCACGCUGACCACUCGACCCGAAGACGAUGUGCAAGUCCCCCUAACGGUGAAAAAGAUCAGGCAGGAGCAAGGACUGUCAUGCAGGCUUCGAAAGCUUUCCAUCGCCAAAUUCAGCAGCGCCGGCGACUACCUCAACUCAAGAGGAUCCCUGGAGUUCAAGCGGGACAGCCGUCCAAGAUAAUCCGAAGCGGCUCAAGAUGGCCACCGUGUCAUUCCCCUGUACAUAUAUACAUAUAUAUAUCCUACACGUGUCUGUGUCCCCUCCCCCCUCUCUAUUAAAAUGAGGCCGUUCUCAAGAAGCGCAGUGAAAAAGAAAAGGGACUACUCGCCCAAAAGACUGAAAAAGAGGUGUACUCUGGGGGCAUAAGGCAGGUUUACUCCAUUUCAAGCUUACAUCACUGUGUACCAAACUCUACUACAGGUGUGCUGAAGGUGCAUUAUACUCCAAGUCCACGGGGAUCAAGACCCACUUUGGCUCCAAAGGCGAAAGAAAUACGCGGCACGUCGCUAUUCCCCCAAGAGCGUACAUGCACAAGUUUAAAUAGUCUUGCAACUCUGUACUGGCCGUUGUUUUUAUUGCCGGUAUUCAUUUACAAGGACGCAGAGCUUGUACUAAUAGCAGAAUUCCAGAUAUGUAAGUAUAUGUUUAGUUGUUGUUUUUAUCUUGUUUAUGGGCACGAGAUAUAUACAAUAUAGUUUCCCCCUUUUUUUUUUUGAAGCUGGUAAAAUUAAAACUACUGUGUUGAUUAAUUCAGAACCCUCCUAUGUGCAGUGUUUGCAGGACGCUUUCAUUCGUUUGGGUUUGCAAUGUUAUCAAAAUGAUACGCCAAAAAUUUGAGCCGUAAGGAAAUGUGCGCACCCUGACCUCUAUUUUCGUGGACUGGAUAUUCUGCUUACCAGGCCACUGUUGGAGCAUUACAUAGAUUGUGCUCCAACGCAGAAAUGGCAAGAACCUCCAGCAAAUAUCAGUUCCAGUUCCGAGACCAAAGUUCGGUAGAUUUUUGUUUUAAGAUGUUUGGAAAUUAUUUUUCAUGUGUGAACGGUGGUUUCACAAAGUUAACAAACUGAUGGUUAACAGCAGUCAUCAUAUGCAGAUCAAUUCUUGCUUCCAAACUGUUAAGUUUUUUUUUUUGUGGACACUUAUUUGCUUUAAAUGCAAGAAACCAAUGGAUCUGCUGGGUUCUGAUGGUGACACUCAAACAAUGUACAAAGAAAGCUCUGUUGAAGAAUUAAUUUUCUCUUUCGGAGCAGUGGGAGUUUUUCAAGAUGGCACGCAUAGCACCGUGCUACCAACUUUUCCUUUUAAUAUAUAUUUCCACGUGUUUCUGUUAGUCACAGCAGUAUAGUAUAGUUUGGCAGCACUAGCCAAGACCAUAGCAGUAUUAUUUGGUGUUCAGUUAGUGUUGUGGUUGCAAUCGAAGACUUGUAUGGAAAUUUUUUUUUUUUUUUCUCCCUGUGAUACAAUAAAUGUUAGUGCAAAAUGGGCAGUGAGUAAUGUGCCUUCAUCUAUUAUGGAACACAUGUUGCAACGCCUGUGUCUGCAGGAAUUGGGAGUGUUGGCAUGUCUCUCUUCUGUUAGAAACACCAGAGACUGGGUGAAGAUAAAUAAAGCAAUCAAAACUACAAGAACCAGGGAAAGAGCGACAGAAGACACCGUCUCAUUUUCUCUCCAUGUAUGUUCUACACUUUCAUUUCCUGGGAAUCUCAACCCACAUGCUUGUUAAUUAGUGUACUGGCUAAUCAAAUUCACUUGUUUAAUAUUGGGAUUAAUUACAUCUUUCACAAUUCCUUCGAAAACAAAAUUAUUUUAAAUGUGGUUUUGUCCACGUUAAACUUAAACCCACCUCUAAAAACUGCUAUAAUAUGUAUUCUAAAAAAAAAUAAAAUAUUAGUAGAGGAAAACUUAGGUGAUUGCACUUGUCAAAACAUACCCAUAGUCCAAAAUUUGUUUUUUUAUUGCAAAAAAUUGUCAUGGUGAGGCUAUGGGAACUUCACAAUUAUAUUUAACCCCUAACCUAUCCAAUUGCACAUGCACACUUGAAACGUGCAUUCACGACCUAAUAACAUACCUAUUUAACGAAAAUUUCAACUCUCUUCUUCAGGAAACCAGUUCAUAGUCUACCAAUAUGUGGCAGAAUCUAAAAAUUGCCUUACGAUUGGAGCAGGGCUAAACGAAAGAGGAAACAGUUCAUGGUAACCUUUAGUCUGAUUGAAUGACAUGGCAUUGCAAAAUGUGUGUUGAAUGUAAAUGUACAUGCCAGCAAAACAACUUCUUGUAAUGCCAGAGUGUCUCACUGCAAUCUGCAAAGUUGAAGCGGAACAUUGUGCACUAGUGCAACUUUUGAAAGGUGCGUGCGUAGAAAUGAAACUUCAAUCAGUACUUUCCAAUGCACCAAGCCAUGCUUUUUUUUUUUAUUUCCUCAAUUUUUUUUUUUUUUUAUGUGGGUAAAGGAGCAGCAUCUCGUCUGAUGUAAAGUGUAAAAAGCUAAAUUUUCUCAUCGAUAAUCUGCCAUUACUUUUACACAACACGACCACGUAACAAUGACGCAAAAUGACAUUAUGCCAAAGGUAACCCUUUGUUUGACGGCCAUUAAAUGAACACAAAAACUGACUGAACAGGUUUGAGCAGAAAUUGCAGGGACUUGUUGCACUUCGAGCCAGCAGAUUGUAAUCUGCAUGCCGCUCAACUUCUCGCUGUGGUGAGAUCGUCACUAGUGUAUAAAUCAUAAAUGCACACUAUUUCACGCAAUCAAUUGCCACUAUGGCUCUUGUUUUCCUUUUUUGUUCAACACGAACAUCUCAUUCACGCUAUAGUCGUAAAAGUAAUUUGGCACAAGGCAAACACACCUAAGAUCAUUCAACUGGGUAAAACUUCACAGUAGAAACAGUCGCGGUUAUCCGUCACUCCAACCGAUGCCCUUCCUACUGAACGACCCCAUCAAAACAGACGAUCGGGAACUCUGGUUGUAAUUCUUCAAUACGUCACCUUCCUCGUGCAGCUAAAUUUUUCAUUAAACCGAUUUGUUGCCAGCACAUCAGUGUUAACAAAGCCCAGUCGACGCACAGUCGUAGACAAAAGAAAUCAUAGGCACACUCGCGUGCCAGUGUCGAGAAGGGAUAGACGACGUCCUUCGGAUAGAGAAUAGUUCUUCGUCCCCCACAACAGGUGGAACCAAAAGGCAAGGUAAAUUACAGUUUUCAGACAGAAAGACGCGCCGCACUUCUCACAAGCAGCAGUCUGCAGUGCCGAGCGGCGUGGCGGUGCGGCUUUGACGAUUGGCUGCACCGCACUGGAAUUAACUGGAACGCAGCGAGUCGUGCUUUGUCACGCACGUGGGCUGGCGCCACCUAUAAAAGGCAGAGCGCAGUACGAGGCACCUUGGGGCAGACAAGUCGAGGCUGGAUCGCACAUCUGCAUUCGAGUGCGACUAAAUGCAUUGCAACUGCGUGCGACUACUUACGAGUACUGGCACCAUCUGUCAAGUAGCCAUGGAACACCUACGAUCUGCAUAUAACUAGGCUUAAGGUUCCGCAGCAUUUGCGAUCAAAUCUAUGCACUAUCCACGAGAAAUGGUUGCUGAUAACAUUAUCGUAGGAAUUUCGAUAAUGUUAAAAGAAUUGCCUAAAAUGUUUGAAUAUACUCGGAUUAGAAGUGUUCCCGGACUACUUGACAGAUGGCGCCAGCGUGCGCUUCCGUCUAAAGCCCCUCUAUCCUGGGAAAAGUGGCGCCAUUCAUUGUUGUGCAAAUGUUUGAAACGCAUGCCGAGCGCCACUUCAGAGAAGAACACGGCGUCUGAAAUCUAGCUUAGUGCUGUGCUGUGC